AUGGAGUUCAUGUUUCAACGGAAUGUCUCCAUCGCUGUGUUGCUCACAACGGUUUGGCCGAUCAAGCAUGCAUUUGAAAUGGAGUUCGUGUACGAGUUUGGGACGGACACGGCCAGCCAAUGGCACAGCUUUCAACGCGACCCGUUUCACAAUUGUGCAGGCAAGAACGCAGGGUCGAUUGAGUGGGCGCGCCUCCAGGAUCUUAUUUGGACCACGGUCAGAAACGAAAGCUUGGUUUACGGGGCAAGCAUUCGCGACUUCAUCUUCCACGAGGACGUUCAGGACUUGGUAACAGACCAGCUACAACAUCCGUACAACUUCGUGCCCGACUGUUUUUUGGGAUGGGUGGCUACGUUGCUCGUGAAGGCAGGCAUCACGUGGCACAUGGAGGCAUCAGUAUACUUCUCCUACGAGCAAGUCCUGAAGGGAUACCUGGCCGAUUUGACCUUCUGGGAGUUUUUUGGUUCAUCCUGGUUGUUGAGCGCGCUUUUGUGUCAGGUCUGCGUGUUCCAUCGCACCACCAACGAGAUGGACUUCUCGGGACCUGAGCUUCUCCAGGAUAUGCACAUCCUUUCAUUGCUCGACAUUGGCCAUCUCCGACUCAAGGCGUCGCCCAUUUUCUCUGCAACGGCCGCUGCUGUGCUGGGCAAGGGCGCGAGAGCUUACACCGUGAGCGGGGAGAGUCGGCUUCUGACAUAUACGGUGUACGUCUGGGGCGAGGCCUUCCUCAAGUGGCUUCCAGCGUACAUCAAGCGCUUCCACAGCCUUGGAGUCUACAACUUGAUGGUCUAUGGCGACGCUGCCGCCUACCAGGUUUGCUCUGCGAUACAGGGGGCCGUGUGCCUCCAACUGGAGACGAAGAACGCGCUUCACCGCUACACGGUUCCUUUAGCUCUCAUGAACCUGGGCGUGGAUGUCUUCGUCCUCGAUUUUGAUAUCUACCCCUUCCAGGAUCCAACACCCGUGCUAAUUUCAGAAAUGGAGAGCUACAGUGUCACGCCGGAGUUUCUGAUUGCUGGCUCGUUCGGCGAUGCCUGCAUCUGCAAUGCAUUGGCGUUCUACCGGAACACCCCUUCACUCCGGGAUUUUAUCCGCGGCUUGUUGGUCUGGCUUUAUGAACAUCCCUUCCCAGGGCACGCUAUUACGCAGAGGGCGCUGUCUGCCUUUUUGGGGGAAGCACCCAUGCAGAAAACGGAAAGCACGCGCCCAUUCGUCGUGAAAGCUGAACGAUUGGCCCCUUGGCUCCCGGACCGCGCUAGCCCUGGAAUCGCCUGGGCCGUGCUAGAUCCAGGCGUGCAGUUUUCCUCGUCAGCCAACCUCGAAACCUCGGGCUGGGCAGGCGAUGCAGAGGAGAUUGUGAUCUAUCACUUUUUCUACGGCGCUUGGUUGGAUGCCGAAGUUGCCAUGACGAUAGACGUGAAGGACAGGGAGAUGUUCGAUAUCUUUUACAACACCAGCUGUGGUACAGAGCCUCAGGCAUGUGAAGAACGUCGGAAUCAGAGGAUUCAGAAACACCUCGUCGCAAACAGGCGCGGAGAUGUCCGCAAUCAUACGGAACGAGCGUGUUUCUCCUUGCCCAUCACUGAUUUGGAAAUUGAGCCGAAAAUCGAUCUGCGCCUGAGCUACGUAAUGCCGUGCGGCUCGCUGUUCUCCUGCAAUGUGCUUGAAGAUGCUUCAGGAAAGAACGUACUUCAGAGUGCAUCAUCAGCAUCACCACCACCGUCUCCACCGUCAUCAUCAUUAUCAUCGUCAUCAUCAUCAUCAUCAUCGGUUCUGAUGCUUUGA